UAAAUGAUAGUUGAGAUUUUUUUUUCCAAGGAGAUCGAGUCGUAUUCGUAUGAGAUCAACUUUGGAUCGUUGACAAUGGAGUGCGGGAAGCCAACUUUGGGAGAACCAAGAAGAAACACAUUCAUAAAUUACAGAUGCGACCGUGAUAUACCCUAAGAAGCAGAAUAAUUCCACCAAAUUGAAGGCUUCUUCUAUAGAAGCACGAAAUCAUGAUCGUCUACAUCAGCUGCGUAGAUGAGGUACGGUACUCCUUCGUCAGCCACCUCUCCGAAUCUCUCUGCGAAAAAGGCAUAAAUGAUGUGUUCGUCGAUAGCGCCGACAACCUUUCGGAGGAGGCCCAGGCAAAAGUCGAGAGAGCUAGGGUUUCUGUGAUGGUUCUACCCGGGAACCGCAAGCUCACCACGGCGUCGGCAUGCCUUGGCAAGCUCGGGAAGAUCAUCAGGUGCCAGAGGAACGACGACCAGGUGGUGGUUCCAGUGCUCUAUGGCGUCAGAAAAGUAAAUGUCGAAUGGCUUAGCGAGCUGAAGAAGAUCACAGGCUUAUCACAUUUCCACCAGUCCAGGAAGGAAUGCUCCGACUCCGAACUUGUUGAAGAGAUCGCUAGAGAUGUGUAUGAGAAGCUAUACCAUAUUGGACGAAUUGGAAUCUACUCGAAGCUGCUGCAGAUAGAAAACAUGGUUAACAAACAACCGUUGGGUAUCCGCUGUGUUGGAAUCUGGGGUAUGCCAGGCAUAGGGAAGACGACACUUGCUAAAGCGUUUUUUGACCAAAAGUCUGGAAAAUUUGAUGCUUCUUGUUUUAUCGAAGACUUUGACAAAGUUAUUCAUGAGAAGGGUCUUUAUCGUUUAUUGGGGAAACAAUUUUUGAAAGAAAAGCCUCCUGAUGGUGUUACCACUACAAAACUGAGCAUGCUUAGAUAUAAAUUAAAGAAUAAGAGAGUCCUUGUUGUUCUUGAUGAUGUGUGCAAUCCUCUGGCUGCAGAGUCUUUUCUUGGAGGGUUUGAUUGGUUUGGUCCCGAAAGCCUAAUCAUCAUAACCUCUAGAGAUAAACAGGUGUUUCGCCUCUGUCAAGUCGAUCAAAUAUACGAGGUUCAGGGUUUAAAUGAGAAAGAGUCUCUUAAACUCAUUUCGUUGUAUGUAUUUAGAAACGACAAGGAAGAGCGGAAUCUCCCAGAGCUGUCAAUGAAAGUGAUAAAAUAUGCUAGUGGACAUCCGUUAGCUCUCAAUAUUUAUGGCAGAGAGCUAAAAGGUAAGAAAAAUCUAUCAGAAAUGGAGACUGCAUUGCUCAGACUCAAGCAACGUCCUCCCGUCCAGAUUUUUGAUGCAUUCAAGAGCAGCUAUGAGAAAAAACUAUCAGAAAUGGAGACUGCAUUGCUCAGACUCAAGCCACGUCUUCCCUUCCAGAUUUUUGAUGCAUUCAAGAGCAGCUAUGAUACACUCAAUGACAGCGAAAAGAACAUUUUUCUAGACAUUGCUUGUUUCUUCAGAGGAGAAAAUGUGGACUACGUAAUGCAACUGCUAGAAGGUUGUGACUUUUUUCCGCAUGUUGGAGUGGAUGUGCUUGUUGACAAGGGCCUGGUGACUUUUUCAGAAAACAUUUUGCAAAUGCAUAAUCUGAUCCAGGAUGUUGGCCAAGAAAUAAUUAAUGGAGAAACAAUUUAUAUUGAGAGGCGCCGUAGACUGUGGGAACCUUGGAGCAUCAAGUACUUAUUAGAAGAUAAUGAACACAAAAGAACUUUAAAACGUGCUCAGGGCACCGAGGACGUCGAAGGCAUCUUUCUGGACACAACAGACAUAAGUUUUGAUAUUAAGCCUGCUGCCUUUGAUAAUAUGCUGAACCUUAGAUUGCUCAAGAUUUUCUGUUCCAAUCCUGAAAUCAAUCAUGUAAUCAAUUUCCCCAAAGGCUCUCUGCAUUCUCUUCCUAAUGAGCUAAGACUCCUUCAUUGGGACAACUAUCCUCUGCAAUCUUUGCCUCAAAAGUUUGAUCCUAGGCACCUCGUUGAAAUCAACAUGCCGUACAGUCAACUUCAGAAACUUUGGGGUGGAACCAAGAACCUGGAGAUGUUGAGGACGAUUAGGCUUUGUCAUUCCCAGGAACUAGUUGAUGUUGACGAUCUUUCAAAAGCUCAAAAUCUUGAGGUAAUUGAUCUCCAAGGUUGUACAAGACUGCAGAGUUUCCCAGACACAUGUCAAUUGCUACAUCUACGAGUAGUAAAUCUCUCAGGUUGCUUAGAGAUCAAAAGCGUCCCGGAUUUUCCACCAAAUAUUGUGACACUACGUCUAAAGGGGACUGGCAUAAUAAAACUACCAAUUGCCAAGCGGAAUGGUGGAGAGCUUGUUAGUCUUUCCGAAUUCCAAGGUCUUUCAGAUGACUUGAAACUUGAGCGUUUGAAAAGUCUGCAGGAAUCUAGCUUAUCUUGUCAAGAUCUUGGUAAGCUUAUCUGCUUGGAUCUGAAAGAUUGUUUUCUUUUGCGAAGUCUGCCAAACAUGGCUAACUUAGAACUUCUCAAAGUUCUUGAUCUCUCUGGUUGCUCAAGGCUCAAUACUAUUCAGAGUUUCCCUCGUAACCUGAAAGAGUUAUAUCUUGUCGGCACUGCAGUAAGACAAGUGGCACAACUUCCUCAAAGUCUAGAACUUUUGAAUGCACAUGGAUCUCGUUUGAGAAGUCUGCCAAACAUGGCUAAUUUAGAACUUCUCAAAGUUCUUGAUCUCUCUGGUUGCUCAAGGCUCGCUACUAUUCAGAGUUUCCCUCGUAACCUGAAAGAGUUAUAUCUUGCCGGCACUGCAGUAAGACAAGUGCCACAACUUCCUCAAAGUCUAGAAUUCAUGAAUGCGCAUGGUUCUCGUUUGCGAAGUCUGUCAAACAUGGCUAAUUUAGAACUUCUCAAAGUUCUUGAUCUCUCUGGUUGCUCAAGGCUAGAUACUAUUAAGGGUUUACCACGGAAUCUAAAAGAGUUAGAUAUUGCUGGCACAUCGGUAAGAGGAUUGCCACAACUUCCUCAAAGUCUAGAACUCUUGAAUUCACAUGGCUGUGUAUCUCUGACAUCCAUUCGUUUGGACUUCGAGAAGCUUCCUAUGCAUUACAAUUUCAGUAAUUGUUUUGAUCUAUCUCCACAAGUGGUCAACAAUUUUUUAGUGAAAGCGUUGAAUAAUUUCAAAUACAUACCAAGAGACCAUCAACAAGAACUCAAUAGAGCUCUGGCUUUCAGCUUCUGUGCGCCCUCGCAUGCGAUUCAGAAUUCCACACUUGAUCUGCAACAAGGAUCUUCUGUAAUGGCACGACUGAAUCCUUCUUGGAGGAACACGCUUGUGGGCUUUGCUAUGCUGGUGGAAGUUGCAUUUUCUGAGGAUUUCUAUGAUGCUAAUGGUUUUGGCAUUAGAUGUGUUUGCAGAUGGAAAAACAAGGAAGGCCACUCUCAUAAGAUAGAAAGAAAUUUGCAUUGUUGGGCUCCAGGAAAAGCUGUUCCAAAACUUCUAAAUGAUCAUAUGUUUGUCUUCUUUGAUGUCAACAUGCGUCCAAGUACUGCUGAUGGAAAUGACCCCGAUAUAUGCGCUGAUUUUGUAGUGUUUGAAUUCUUUCCUGUCGACAAGCAGACAAAGCUUCUAUAUGAUAGUUGCAAAGUGACAAAAUGUGGAGUCCGUGUAUUAACUGCUACAACUCGUGAUACCAGCCUUGAGAAUGUUUUACCAGUUUUGUCCUCUGAUCCAAUGGAGUUUUCUGGUAAUGAAGUUGAAGAAGUACCGAGAGUCAGUUAUGAUGGUUUACAGGAGAUGUAUAAAGCUUUAUUUCUUUACAUAGCAGGUUUGUUCAAUGACGAGGAUGCUCGUUUGGUGGCACGACUUAUUGCUAAAAUUAUUGACAUGGACGUUAGUUAUGGGCUCAAGGUCUUAGCCGAUAGGUCUCUCAUUCGUGUAUCCUCCAACGGGGAAAUAGUGAUGCAUUGUUUGCUACGAAAAAUGGGUAAAGAAAUCCUCUCUAGUGAAUCCAUGCUGCCUGGUAGCUUGAAAGAUUUAGCACGAGACUUUGAAAAUGUCUCUGUGGCUUCUACACAAACUUGGAGAUCAAAGAAGUCAAGGUUGGCUUACCUUGUGGCCUAGAUUAUCUGCCACCUAAACUCAGAUUACUGCAUUGGGACGCAUUCCCAAUGAGAUGCAUGCCUUCUAACUUCCAUGGAGAAAGUCUCGUUGACCUCAUAAUGGAGGCUAGCAAGCUUGAGACGCUGUGGAGUGGACUCAAGGUACGUGCUGAGUUUAAAUCUUACCACCAAAAUUGAAAAUGUUGGUGAUGCAUCAUAUUCUCUUCUUUUCGUCUUUCCAUUGCUAAUAAUCAUCAAAGGGGUAUUAAAUUAUUGGUGAUAUACGUAUGUUGAAAUCUUAAUAAACAUAAGACCAGUGUGAUUUAGCAGAAGUUUGGAAACUAAUAUGAUUGUUGGCUAUA